AUGACUUCCACCACCUACUGGAACUAUGUGGUGAUUCAUGUCAGCUGGACCUGUCCUUCCUUACGGAAGCAGGUGGAGAAGGUGCUGGGGGAGCAGGAGGUGUGGGCCUCUGAUCUGGGUGUGGUUCUGGCAAGACUCUGUGACCCUACAGGGCUCCAAUCCAGGGACACAAGCAGGACAUCAAGGCUCUUCAAGGGAACAGAGACAGACACUUUUCACCACCACCACCAUCAUCACCACCACCCGAGCGCGGACCUGCGGCGGCUCUUCCACCGGCUCACCAUCGCGUCCUCUCUGAGCAUCCUCUGCUUCUCCCUGGUCUAUCUUCUGACCGGAUGCUGCGAGUCACAGCUGACAGAAAACUCUGAGAUCAAGCCACCCACGCGGGAGUUCUUCGCGUCAGGGUCAGGAUGGCCGUCCGAGAGGAACAGAACCAGCAAGGAGGUUACCACCGCGGCUGGCGAAGGCGCGUUCAGCGGUCAUCCCGGGCUGGAGGUGAACAGCUCGGGGAAAGAAUGGACAGCCACACGGAGGUUGCCCCAGGCUCUGAUCAUAGGGGUUAAAAAGGGGGGCACCAGGGCUCUUCUGGAGUUUCUGCGGCUCCACCCGGACAUCCGCGCCCUGGGGUCGGAACCACACUUCUUUGACCGGCAUUACGCACGGGGACUGGACUGGUACAGAAGUAUGAUGCCCAAAGCCCUGGAUGGCCAGAUUGUCAUGGAGAAGACGCCUCGUUACUUUGUUACUGUGGAAACGCCAGCACGAGUCCAUGCUAUGUCGCAGGACGUGAAGCUGAUUGUGGUCGUCCGUGACCCUGUGACCAGAGCCAUAUCUGACUACACGCAGAUCAUCUCCAAGACUCCAGACAUCCCUCCCUUUGAGAGCCUCGCCUUCAAGAACCGCACCACAGGUCAGAUCGACUCUCUGUGGAGCCCGCUGUGGAUCGGCCUAUAUGCGCAGCACCUAGAGCGCUGGCUGGCCUGGUUCCCCAGGACUCAGAUCCAUCUGGUCAGCGGGGAGAGGCUCAUCUCCGACCCGGCCGGAGAGCUGGGCAAAGUCCAGGACUUUCUGGGUCUCCAGAGGAUCGUCACGGACAAGCACUUCUACUUCAACAAAACGAAAGGCUUUCCCUGCCUGAAGAAGCCAGAGGGCAGUAGUAAGCCUCACUGCCUGGGGAAGACCAAAGGGAGGACGCAUGCCACCAUUGACCCGGAGCUGAUGCAGAGACUAAGGGAUUUCUAUAAGCCGCAUAACGAGCGCUUCUAUCAGAUGGCGGGUCAGGACUUUGGAUGGCAGUGA